AGGCCAGAGCGGGCCGGGGGAAUCCGGCCUAGGCGUCCGCGUCUCCCGGUGCGAGCGGGAUGGCUGCGGAAGAAGAGGACGAAGUGGAAUGGGUGGUGGAAAGCAUCGCUGGGUUCCUGCGGGGCCCAGAUUGGUCUAUCCCCAUCUUGGACUUUGUGGAGCAGAAAUGCGAAGUUUUUGAUGAUGAAGAAGAAAGCAAAUUGACCUAUACAGAAAUUCAUCAAGAGUACAAAGAGCUGGUUGAAAAGCUGUUAGAAAGUUACCUCAAAGAAAUUGGAAUUAAUGAAGAUCAGUUUCAAGAAGCAUGCACUUCCCCUCUGGCAAAGACGCGCACAUCACAGGCCAUUUUGCAGCCUGUGUUGGCAGCAGAAGAUUUUACUAUCUUUAAAGCAAUGAUGGUCCAGAAGAACAUUGAAAUGCAGCUUCAGGCCAUCCGAAUCAUCCAGGAGAGGAAUGGUGUGUUACCUGACUGCUUAACUGAUGGUGCAGAUGUGGUCAGUGACCUCGAACAGGAAGAAAUGAAAAUUCUAAGAGAGGUCCUCAGAAAAUCAAAAGAAGAAUACGACCAGGAGGAAGAAAGGAAACGAAUAAAGCAGUCAUCAGAAGCUAAAAUGGAAGAACUGCCAGGAUACACUAGCGAAGCUGCAAAACUGAGUAAUUCCCAAGGGGAUGGUGAACACUUUGUACAGCCACCCUCAGAAGUUAAAGUGCAUUUUGCUAAUCAGUCAGUACAACCCUUGGCAAGAAAGAUGGAGUUGUUGCCUGAAACUUCCUCCCUCACACAGAAAGGUCUGAAGAUACCUGGCUUAGAGCAUGCAAGCAUGGAAGGACCAAUAGCAAAUUUGUCAGCACUUGGAACAGAAGAGUUACGUCAACGAGAGCAUUAUCUCAAGCAGAAGAGAGACAAGCUGAUGUCCAUGAGAAAGGAUAUGAGGGCAAAGCAGAUCCAGAAUACUGAGCAAAAAGGAAAGCCUACCAGGGAGGCAGAGGAAAUGACAGAGAAGCCAGAAAUGACAGCAGAGGAGAAACAAACAUUACUAAAGAGGCGAUUGCUUGCAGAGAAACUUAAAGAAGAAGUUAUUAAUAAGUAAUAUGAAAACUAGCAAAACAGAAGCCCAAAUUUUCUUAAAAAUAAAUUAUUUAAUCCUUAAACAACGA